AUCUCCGGCGGUGAAAGGCCGUGGGAUGGAUAUCGAUUUUCUCGCUAUCCGACGGAACUAAACGGCAUGUGCAAGUGAAAAAUAAUUGUUUCCGUUGCCGUCGAAACGUUAACAUUAUUGUCCAUCGUGCUGCCAAAACUAUAUACAAACGAAUAAAUGUAACGUAUAUAACCUGCGCCCGCGGACGAAAGUAAUACUCGGACUUGUGUAUUUAUUAUUGUAGUUGAGUGGUUGAUAACUUUACCUUUGGAGACGAAAAAACGCUAUCAUAUGGCAUGGAAGUUGUUGUUAGCUGUUCACAAUUUGAUCGUAUUGGCGCAUUGCGUGGACUGGUCGGGAAAAAUCUACCAGACAAACGCUGCUCUAGAAAAAGAAAACUUAAUGUUUUGUUACGAAUGCAACACAAUGGUGAACGGGAAAAGCUGUAGCAAUUUCACGGACAAGGACGAGUAUUCGAGAUUCUCCACAAAAUGUACAGGGGAUAGAAAAACAUGCAUGGUGAAACGAUACUCGUACACGACGAGCAACGAAAGCACCACUUCCGGCCAACAGCUCUGGUCACUGGAACGCAACUGCUCGGGCAAAUGCGAAGACGGGUGCAUCGUGAUCGGCGAACGGAUCAAGAUCUACGCGUGCCAGGCGUGUUGCGAAUCACCGCUGUGCAACGUGUCCAACGGAACCGACCGUCGGUCCGCGACUCCGUCGUUCGUCGUGUGUCUGGCGUUUUUGUUCUUGCUCUUGAGAGCUACUGUCGUCGACCAGCUGCAGUUACCUCCGUCAAAACGACCGUCCGCCACCUCAUCUUCCAUUUCCGAUCCCGUCCACUCGUCGUCGGACACUAGCAUAACCACAAAAUUCAAUAAAUAUUUUUUAAUUUUUUCGUCGAGCCAUCACCUCACGGUGUGUCGUCGGUAAUUUUUUUUCUCAAAUAUCAUUGAUAAUCACAUAUUUUUUAUCGUAUAGUGUAUAAAUAAUAAAUAUAAAUAUUUAAAAUAUUGUUAAAAAAAAAAAACAAUAGGGCUGUAGCGGUAUCUAGGUGCCUACACGGAUUUA